GUGGGCUGCGCUGGUGUCUGAGGCUUCAGCGUCGCAUCCACUAUUCUGAUCACUUCAUAUCACCUUGAAUGGAUACAUCAUGGCUACGUUUACAUGCAGGGUGCAGUUCUUAGAUGACACCGACCCAUUCAACAGCACCAAUUUUCCAGAGCCCACCAGACCGCCUCUGUACACCUUUAGGGAAGAUUUUCCUCUGAUCAAUCAGAUAGCUGGAGCCCACAGGCUGCUGAAAGCCCCACACAAGCCCGAUGACUGUGCCCUCCAACUGUCCCAUAAUGGAAGCUAUUUGGAUUUGGAGUCUACCCUGGCAGAGCAGAAGGAUGAACUGGAGGGAUUUCAGGAAGAUGGAGGGAGGGGCAAGAAACACAGCAUUAUUCUUCGAUCACAGCUUUCUGUCAGAGUUCAUGCUUGCAUUGAAAAACUCUACAAUUCCACAGGACGGGAGCUACGGAGAGCUCUUUUUUCUCUGAAGCAGAUUUUUCAGGAUGAUAAGGAUUUGGUUCAUGAAUUUGUAGUGGCUGAAGGUCUGACGUGUUUGAUUAAAGUGGGAGCUGAAGCGGACCAGAACUACCAGAAUUACAUCCUCAGGGCUUUAGGUCAGCUAAUGCUGUACGUGGAUGGGAUGAAUGGCCUCAUAUCUCACAAUGAAACAGUCCAGUGGCUUUACACCUUGGUCGGAUCAAAGUUUCGCCUGGUGGUGAAGACAUCCCUCAAGCUGCUGCUGGUGUUUGUGGAGUACACGGAGAGCAAUGCUGCCCUGCUAAUAAAGGCUGUGAACACUGUGGAUACCAAAGGAGGUAAAAAACUUUGGUCAAAUGUCAUGGAGAUCCUUGAGGAGAAGGAUGGAGUGGAUACCGAGCUGCUGGUGUUUGCCAUGACACUCAUUAAUAAGACUCUAGCAGCCCUUCCAGAUCAGGACCCCUACUAUGACAUGGUGGACUGUCUUGAGGAGCAAGGCAUCGAAGCCACUGCCCAUAGACACCUGAGCAGAAAGGGCACCGACCUUGAUCUUGUUGAACAGUUCAACAUCUAUGAGAUGACCCUUCGCCACGAGGACGGGGACAAUGAAGCCCAGUUGCCCCCAUGUGGCCGAAAGGACCGCCGCAGGGCUAGCGUUGGUGGUACCAAUGAGAAACGGGGCCUGGAGAGACGAAGGAGCCGCAGACAUUCGCUUCAGAAUAACACAGACCAUACUUCCAGCCCAGCAUCUCCAAGCAGCCCUCACCCCCAUUCCAGCAGCUUCCUGCCCUUCGGUGGCCAGCGGGUCGAAGACAUCAGCGAAAGAGAAGAGGAAGAGGAAGAAGAGGAGGAUGAGGAUGAGGAGGGCGAGGCAGAGGAGGAAAGCCAACCAGACACCGAGCCCUCUAGACAGGGCUCUCACAGUCUGACAGAUACGACACCUUCCACUACUUACUCAACUAGAAAGCCCUGCUGGGCUGAGAGAAUAAGUGGUAGAUAUCAGACUCCGACAUCACUCAUCCAUCGACUCAGUAACUCAGCACCCUCCGCAACUGACUGCAAGCCUGACAGCAAAACUGCCAUUGGGAACUUGUUGACAUCCUCGUACAGGCAACAUCAAGAAUCUCUGGCCGCUGAGAGAGAGAAGAGACGUCUGGAAAGAGAGGAACGUCUGCUGAGGAUUGAAAGAGAAGAGAGAAAUCGAUUCAAUCGUGAUCAUGUGGAAAAGAGGGAAGAAGCAAGACAAGCCAGAGAGGAAAGGUACAAGGCAGUGGAGAGGUUGGCUGCAGAGGAGCUUGAGCGGGAGCGCCCUCGAGUGCCGACAAGAGGACGAACAGAGAUCACGCUGAGUUUGAGUCCAACUCCGAACAGCCGCUCAGUAUCCCGCUGUUCCACAGCAUCACCCUCCAUCUCACAGGAAGAGACAAUCAUGGCUAUAGAGCAGAUGUUGGGAACAGAACAUAUCUCAAGUUCAAACCUCAUCCCUCAGAGCAGAACCAAAAGUCCAGCACCUGAAUUAUCAGCAUCAGAACCUCCUCAAACACUAGAUAACAAGACUGAGACAAAGACAUGUGCAUAUGCAGGGAUUGUUGCUGAGGUACAGAGUAGCGAGAAUGCCACUGCACAGCUGGAUGAGAAGGAGCAGUCAGGAAACAAGAAGGAAGAGAAACAAGAUGAGGAGAUUCAUGCUCUUCAGGAGCAGAGUGUGGAUGAGGUGGGAGCAGAGGUGACCGAUGCACCAGAGGUUGGAGAGCAGAUUGGGAAUGUGGAAGUGGAGGUGGAGUUAGAGGAGAAAGUGCAGCCUGCAGAAGGGGAGGUGGAGGAUAGUGUGGUGCUGAGUGAGAAAGAGAGACAGAACGAGGAAGUGAAUGAAAAGGACAACUGCUCUGCAUCCAGCAUCUCUUCUACAAGCAGCACUCUGGAGAGGGAGGAGCGGGAGCAGAAACUAACUAAAGACAGUGACUCAGGCCAAUGGACUGAGUGUCUAAAGGACGCAGUUGUGAAUGACCAAUGCAAGAAGAUUCUCAACAACAAGCGCUUCAUGCUGGACAUGCUCUACGCCCAGAAGACUGUCUCAGAGGAAGACAGGGACGUAGGAGAGUCAGAGAAGGAUAGGUGUAUAUGUGAGAAGGAAACAGAGGCGAGUGAAUCUGUGACCAGUUUGGCCAGCAGGAUCUCUACACUGGAGGCAAACAGACAGGCCCGGGAAGAAAAUGUGAAAAAAAUGGAUGUGGGGCAUCUGGACAACCAGGGCAAUGUCCGGGCGGUGGCAGAGAAGUUUGGAGAUUUAGUCAAAGGUCUGACGUCUCCACUGGAGAUAGAGGCUCCUAAAGAGCAGCAGCAGACGGACAAAUCAUCUGGUUCAGCUCCUAAGAAGGAGUCCGAUCACAUCUGGGAUCAGUUGAUGGCGUCUCCCAGGGAGCUGAGGAUCAAAGAAAUGGACUUCACGGAUCUUAGAGAGGAGGACGACAUGGACAUUUUAGAUAUGGAGGGUGUGUUAGCUUCAACCCCUCCACCAUGCAGUUCCGCCCUCCCACCACCUCCACCUUUGUUUGGAUGUCCCCCUCCUCCUCCCAUUCCUGGCAGAAUGAUGCCCCCACCUCCACCGUUUAUGGCUCCCGCACCGCCACCCUCCCCUCAGCUGAGUCGAGGGGAAGCCCCUCUGUUCCAAAAGAAGAAGAAAACCAUCCGUCUCUUCUGGAACGAGGUACGUCCUGUGGACUGGCAGUGCAGGAAUCACAAGUUCUGUAAGGAGUCCCUGUGGUCCAAACUGGAGUCGGUUAAACUGGACACGUCCAAGCUGGAGCAGCUGUUUGAGACCAAAUCCAAGGAGCUGUCAGUCACAAAGAAAGCAUCGGUGGAAGGCAAACGACAAGAAAUCAUCGUCCUGGACUCGAAGCGCAGCAACGCCAUAAAUAUUGGGUUAACUGUCUUGCCUCCUCCACGCACAAUCAAGACAGCUAUUCUCAACUUUGAUGAGUAUGCUCUAAACAAGGAAGGCAUUGAGAAAAUCCUCACAAUGAUCCCCACAGAGGAGGAAAAGCAGAGGAUCCAGGAGGCUCAACUAAUGAACCCAGACGUUCCUCUGGGCAGCGCCGAGCAGUUCCUGCUCACCCUCUCCUCCAUCACGGAGCUGUCAGCUCGCCUGCAGCUGUGGGCCUUCAAGAUGGACUACGAGCUUAUUGAAAAGGAAGUGGCAGAGCCAUUGCAGGACCUAAAAGAAGGAAUGGACCAACUUGAGAGAAACAAGACCCUCAGAUACAUCCUGACCACUUUGUUGGCCAUUGGUAACUUCCUCAAUGGCUCAAAUGCCAAAGGUUUUGAGCUGAAUUACUUGGAGAAAGUCCCAGAGGUGAAGGACACGGUUCAUAAGCAGUCCUUGUUGCACCACGCCUGCUCCAUUGUUGUGGAGAAGUUUCCAGACAGCACCGAUCUCUACUCCGAGAUAGGAGCCAUCACCCGCUUGACCAAGGUGGAUUUCGACCAACUUCAAGACAAUUUGACCCAGAUGGAGCGCAGGUGCAAAGCAUCAUGGGAUCACCUUAAAGUCAUUGCGAAACAUGAGAUGAAGCCAGCAUUGAAGCAAAAACUGUCUGACUUCCUCAAAGACUGUGCAGAGAGAAUUAUAAUUCUAAAAAUAGUGCAUCGCAGAAUAAUCAACAGGUUUCACGCCUUCCUGUUGUUCUUGGGGCAUCCGAUCUAUGCGGUACGAGAGGUCAGCAUACAUCGCUUCAGCAAGAUCCUGAGUGAGUUCGCCCUGGAGUACCGCACGACGAGAGAGCGCGUGCUGCAACAGAAACAGAAGAGGGCCAACCACAGAGAGAGAAACAAAACCAGGGGGAAAAUGAUAACAGAUAGUGAGGAUGACGAUGGAGUCAGUGAGAGCGGUAAAUUUGGAGGUGCCUCUUCAGACGCACAGGAGAGCCAUUCUCAGGGUAUCCAGAGUGCUGAUGAUGCAGCUGAACAUGAAAACAUGAAGGCCGUGUUAAAAACUGGUCUGACGGACGGAGAGAGCAGCACAUCCACAGUGCCCGGUUUACGGAGUCGUACCAGAGGCGGCAGUCUUAGAGGGCGUGUUGCUCCGUGGUGUUCUGCCAGUGAUGACCUUGUAAAUUGCACAGAUGACACAGCUGAUGAAAUCAUGGAGAGGAUUGUUCGAUCAGCCACUCAGGGGCCCAGCCAGAGGACGCUACCUCGCGAGAGGAGACGAUCCCGACUCAACAGGAAAUCCUUAAGGAGGACUCUAAAGAGCGGCUUGACGACGGAGGAGGCAAACGCUCUUGGCUUGUCCAGUGGGUCGGAGCUGCAGGUGUGAGGCAGACCAGAAUCCUGCUUGACAUUGAGAUGACUGUCGGCCCUUUCACUGCCCCCUUCCCUGUUCAAAUCCAGACUAAAAAUCGACCCCCUGCUUGGGGCUCAAACCAUGGCGAGCUGGGAUGAGUUGUUUGGUUUACAUACUGUGAUACAAGAGAAGGGAAAACCGCUGAGAAAGAUCUUAAUCUUAAACCUGUGGACAGGAAAAACAGCUUUGCAUUCAAACCACUAAGCUUGGCUUUUGCUGGAUGAAACCAGAACGACUGCUUUUGCAAGGCUUCGUCACGUUCAUCCUUCAAUUGUGACGUGCAUACAAGCGCCCACAAAGGUUUGGCUUUGUUUUGUGUGCGCAUAAGGUUGCCAGUGCACGCGCUUCAAUCCCUGCAGCCUUCCUUGGAUCCAAAAGGCUAAGCGUAGUGCAGAUCCUGAACCCUUAAAAUUACUGUUUGCUGGGGGUUAAAAGACAUAGCUGAGCUAAAUGACAUUUCAUCUAUUGAAUAGAUGGCUUAGUGCGAAUGGUUAUUUUGUUGUAUACUACUGGGCUGUUUUGUUUCAUUUUUGUCCAAAAAGGUGCUUAAAUAAGGAAAAUUUGCACUGGAUGUAGACGUUAGCUAUGAUUGGAAUGUGAGAUUCUUGACACUGAUGAACCACUCUGACAUCUGAAUCUGACAAUAUGCUCAUCAAUGUGCCAGCUAUUCAACCGUAGCACAGUUUUUACAUGACCGAAGUGGACAGAUUCAAGGCAGAUGUGCAUUAGUUUACAGGUGAAGAAGGAAUUUAUUAGUGUACGAAUAUUUUUAAAGAUUAGAAGGAGACAAAGCGUUCAGGGUGGCAUUGUCGGAUCAAUUCUUAAAUAAAAACUGAAAGGCUGGCAAGUAUUCAAGGGAGGCAAAUGCAGUUAGUACUCUUUUUAAAGUUGUUUUUUCUUAGAAACUAUGAGCUGAACAUUUCAGUGCCUUGCAGACAGUUAUUUAUUAAGAUACUUUCAGGGACAUGUGAUCGCAUAUUGUUAUUACAGGUGUGCAGUCUGUGUAUGAGAAGAUCAAUUUAGUGUUGAUCAGUCAGUGUUUUUAGAUCCAUCAUAGCAAAGUAGCUUUUUUGCUUUCAUGGAGAUAUUGUAGUUUCUAUGACUUCAAGCUGGUUUGGCACAUGAGCUGUAUUAUUUAGCCUUUGUAUAAAAUGAGUGCACAUACAACUAAAUUAAAGUAAGGGAAAUGUAAUAAUUGGUCAAACUAAUCAGUAGUUUGAAUGACAUUAAAGGAGUUUUAACUUUGUCCUUUGAGUAUUUGUUUGUCCUACAAGUACACUGCUGUGAAAAUUUGAAGUCAUUGCUCAUUUCCUUAUAUUUUACUUUUCAAAAUGCAGACUAGUCCUCCGGCUUUCUGAAGAUGUUUCUCUUUGAACAUAUUGACUGUUGUUUUAUUUUCAUUUUCUAGUCUGACCGAGACAUUUUAGAAGAUUAAAGCUCGAGAUUAACCAACCAGAAUUUUGUGGCUAAUUUCCAGUCCCCAACAGUAUUUUAAGUAUUUUUCAAAACAAAGACAAAAUGGUUAUACAUAUAUUAGCAAUUAGCACUCUCACCACAGGUAGAAUUAAAAAAAGACAAUCUUGGUGUGUAUUCCCUGAAUUCCAUAGCUUCUUACCUUAACUAUUAGAUUUAACUAGAUAGAAAAGGCUGCCAACAUUCCAGUAUGUUCAGAAGCAGACAGAUUUUGAAAGCUCAAAGAAUAAAAACGAAAAAACCUUUCUGUGUUCUGCUCAGCCCUCCUGUUAUCUGCUGAAAGUCUUGCUCUCUCACAGCCUGAAUGGUUCAAAUCCCUGUACUGCUUUUAUUUUUAAACAUUGUACUGAUACUUUGAGUUUUCUACCCUGAGUAACAGCGUCCAUACCGAAGAAUGCAUGUUUUUUGUUUUCUCACAGUAAUCAGGUUGCAUUUUAGUCUGGUGCGUUCCCAGAUCGGCAAAAGAUCUGACUUUUGACUUCCAAACUGAUAAUUAACCAGUUAUUAUUAAAGAAAAUGUAAAACUAACCCCAUCUUUAAAGUCAAUUAAAAGGUCUUUUUUAAUGAAACACUUGCAGAGCACAUACUCUAAUUUGUAUUUGCCUUAAUGCAAUUGCUAGCAUUAAUAUAUUCAUGCUAGAAAUGCUUUAAUGUCUAAUUUUCUGGCAAAAUGUCACUGGAGAUGCAACGUUAGCACAUUGUGAUAGCUGCAUUAAACUACACCAGCACUACAACAUUUAGGAGUUUACUGCAAUUUAUUCAGCACCUUAGACUUGUGUUAUAACAUAGUGGUGCAUCUCAAUAAAUUAAAAUAUUGAAAAUUGUAUUUAUUUCAUAAUUGACCUCAAACAGCAAAUCUUGCUUUUAAGUGGUUAUUAAUUUGAUUAUGGCUUACAGCUGUUGAAACCCAAAAUUGUGUGUCUUAGAAAAUUAGAAUAUUACAUAAAACCAAUUACUUUUUUUAAUACCGCAGUGCUGUGUCCAAUCAAAGACAGUAUUCCAGGAGACAGUCAUUGGCACUUUGCACAAGGAGGGUGAGCCACAAUCACUCAAGAAACUGCCUAUGUGCUGCUUGUAUGCAAUUAAUAGAAAGUUGAGCGGAAGGAAAAAUGUGGUUGAAGAAAGUGCACAAGAAACAAGUCUUACUGCAGCCUUGAGAGAGGAUUGUGAAGCAAAGUCCAAUUAAGAAUUUAGGGGGAUUUACAAGGUGUGGACUGGAACUAGGGUCAGUAUUGCAAGAGCCACCAUUGUAUUCUGCACAUUAACUCCUGAGCAGGAAGCAUUGAUAGAAGCAUCUGGACUGUUGCUCAGUGGUCCAAACACAUCUUUAAAGAUCAAAGUAAAUUUUGCAUUACAUUUGAAAACGCAGGUCCAAGUUGCUUGAGGUCCAGUAUAAAGUUAGAAUAUGGUCACUGUCUGUGAUGAUUUAGGGAGUCCUUUCAUCUACUGGUGUUGGUCCAGUUUCAUCAGGUCCACAGCCAGCAAGCUAUCUACCAGGAAAUGUUAGAGCUCUUCAGGCUUCUCUCUGCUAACAAGCCUUAUGGAGAUGCUGAUUUCAUUUUCUUGCAGGUCUAGGCACCUGCUCACACUGCCAAAAAAGUAGACAUAUGUGCUUGACUGGCUAACACUCUGCCCUGACGUAAACCCCAUAGAGAAUCUAUGGAGUAUUGUCAAGAGGAAGAUGAGGGACAUCAGAACCAAUAAUGCAGAUGAGCUGAAGGCUAUUAAAACAGCCUGGUCUUCUCCACCACCUCAACACCACUCUGAUGCAGAGCUCUGACCAACUAUGGAGUGCAUAUAUUGUACAGUAAUUGGACACACUUUUCAAAAGGCUGAGAUUUCUGUUCUUUUUUUUUUUUUUAUCAAGUGCUUUAAUAGUCUUGGGUUUUUAAUCACUGUAAGCAAUGAGCAUCAAAAUGAACCAAAACAAAGACUUGGAAUAUAUCAUUAUUUGUAAUACAUCUGCACAAUAAGAGUUUCACUUUUUACAGUGGAUUGCUGAAUUCAACCCUUGAUAUAAUUUAAUUGUGAUGCACCUAUAUUAGAAGUGAAAGAACCCUGAGUAGGCAUGUUAUUAAGGAACCAAUUUUGAGCAAUAAACAGGGAAUAAUACAGAAAUGACAAUUUGUUUGUUUUUUCCUUUUUUGGCUCCAUAUGUGGAGAAGCGUAUUACAGGCUAAAAGCAGUGGAACUCUAAAUAUAAUUCAAGAAAACUCAGCCAUGCCUGAUUGGUUGGUUCUCACAGCUGUGGGGCUUAGAUGUACUUUGCUAAAUCCGUUUCACACUGUGACAAAGUGAGCACAUUAACAAGCAACUUUAAGUUAAAAGCCUUUGAUUUUAUUGCAAUACUGUAUUUCCUUUUAGCCCAUUACAUACUGCAGCCUGUGCCAUAUCAUCUGCUAAACAAAAAUGCUUUUAAAACCAAGGCUUCUGUUGUAUUCAUGCCCACAGCAAAAACGUAUGUAACAACUACAAUAAAAAGGCUCAUUGAAACAA